CUUGACGGGUGUGGGUCGACAGCAAAUGAGCGAUAAAUCUAUUGAAUUACUCAUCACCAUAAAAUGCAUUGUUAUUAAAUGAAAACAAGUGUAUAUUUGUAUUAACAAAUAUAAACUGUCCUGUUUCUUGCUGUUAGUGUAAUCAAUACGAAAAUGCAUCGUCGGCGGGGUCCCAAUUUUACAUAUGUCAGCGGUUGUGUGAAAUAUAUGAUUUUUGUUUUGAAUUUUGUCUUCUGGUUGUUCGGAGGAUUGCUUAUUGGAGUGGGACUUUAUGCAUUCAUAGACAAAUGGCAGGCCAUGGGUCAAGUUAAGCUAGAGACAGUAUAUGAUGUACUUCUAAACAUUAGUCUACUGAUAGCUCUGUUGGGAGGUAUUGUCUUCAUUGUCAGUUUUGCCGGCUGUAUUGGUGCUUUGAGAGAAAAUACAUGUCUAUUGAAAUUCUACUCGCUGUGUUUACUAGUGCUGUUCCUGUUUGAGAUGGGUUCGGCUGUGUGUGGUUUCGUGUUCCCGCGUUCGCUGCACGGCCUGUUCGAGUUGGGCUUCACAGACCGAGUCGUACACUCAUAUAGAGAUGAUCCCGACUUGCAGAACUUUAUCGACUUUGCUCAGAAGGAUUUCCACUGCUGCGGACUAACAUCAGACGGUUACAUGGACUGGUCGAAGAACGAAUACUACAACUGUACUUCCCCGUCAGUGGAGCGUUGCGGGGUUCCGUUCUCUUGUUGCAUCAACGCUACGGACAUCAGCUCGGGACUCGUGAACAUCAUGUGUGGUUAUGGUGUGCAGAAUUAUCCCGUUGCCGAAGCCAGCAAACGUGUUUGGACGAGCGGUUGUAUAGAGAUAGUCCGUUCUUGGGCUGAGAGGAAUCUCUAUACAAUAGCCUCAGUGGCUCUGGGUGUAGCGCUGUCACAGUUGUUUGUUAUCUACCUGGCUAAGACUCUGGAGGGACAGAUUGAACUGCAAAAGGCUAGAUGGCAAACAUGAAAUAGGGGCUCAGCGGGCGCGUACCGGGACGAGUGUCGCCGAGCGCUGCUGUAGCCCUUCCCCCACCACGCGCCCCACCACAUGCAUAUAUAAUGCGGCGCGGGCGGCGGCUACCGUUAGUCGGUGUCGCGACAUCGUUACAGGACUUGUGACGCAGCAUACAGUGCUGUGUCAGAUCAUAGUUCAGCCGUAUGUGUGUUGUGCUGAGUUUGUAAUACACUGGGACGGUUUCAACUACUUUACACUCUCUACAUAACAUAAUAGAUAACAUGUAAUAAUCUUAAUAUGUAUUGAGAUUCCAACUAAGUGAUAAUUCACUGAUUCAUACUUUUAUUAAUAUGCCGUUUAGCAAAUAAACCGUGAAACUGUCUGUGUUUAAGUUAACUAUGCAAACUCGCACUAAGGACACUGUAUACUUCUAUGUGCAAGUGAUGUACUGUGUGUGACAGUCAGUGCUUAUAAUGUGCAAUGUUUAGUCUUCUAUGUGUGAUAUGAAAUGCUACAUGUGAAUCACAACGCCCGUGCUGUCCGUGCUAUGAGACCAAAACAUAGUAUUUAUGGUUUACAAUCUUACGUUUAUUAGAAUUAAUUUAAGUGCAUUUAGUCAUUUAGCUCUAAGUGUAAAUAUAUGAUGUUAGUCAAUCCCAUGUAGGUUCUUUGAAUAUUUUAGACUUUAUUUGAUAUUAUUACGUGCAGGCUACGCCACACUAGCGCGGCGUUUCUAUAUUUACUCUUCGCCGUAUUUUUGUAAGGCAUUUUAAACCUUAUAGUUAUCAACUUCAGGUGUAAAUCGGCUCGGUGCCAUAAGACUGAAGCUAUUUAAGAUAUAACGUGAAUUAUACCACUUACUAACCUGUAGGAUGUAACUUUUAAUAUUUAAUGAUUUUAGUGUCGAGCGUUCGCCGCUAGGUGGCGCUCACACUGAAAUAUAUUACUACCGCAUUUAACCAAUUUGCUUAUGAAUCUCAUUGGUUGGUUUGUACAAAAAAAAAAUCUUUGUAUAAUAUAGGGUGUUCAAAACUCAAAUAUCGAUAAAAAUAGUUAUUAAGAAAAUCACUGCCAGAGUAUUAGUACAUGAGAAUAGUUGUAAAAUACUUUUAAUAUGAAAGAAAACUUUUUUUUAUUAUUUAUAUUAAUGAUUUGAAUAUCUCUAGAAUGUUAUAUUAAGUAAUAUUUUUACUCUCCGACUAGUCUUGACAUCAGUCGUUAUAUCAUACUAUGUCAAGUUGAUAUUGCCAAAAAAAAAUUCUCCGACACCGUUAAAAUUUCAUAAUUUUCUCAAUUUUAAGCUCAGAAUCAUGUUUUUUCCUGAAUGUACCUCAAUCACAUACAAUCAAGACACAUCACACAUAAAUUUUCAUUAAAAUUAUAAUUAAGGGAAGAAAAGUAAGUAAUCUCGGUGGUAUUCCUUGCGCUAUCAUUACUAAAUCAGUCUAAUCUUCGAGCAGAGCUACAGUGUGUAACUGGCUUUAUGAAUAACUUGGUAUCUAGUUUAUAAUGAAUUACCAAUUUACAAAAAGUUUGUGAACAAGAUUUAGUAGGAUAUUCAUUGUUUUUCGUUGUUGCACACCGUCAAGCCAACAUUACCGCUUCAUCAGUUUUAGUGUUAAGCAUUCUAUUUCUGUGUGAAAACAUUCCUGUAAAUUUAAUGUAAAUGUUUCCAGCUAAAGGUAUUAAUUAAAAUUCAGGUUAAAUUGGAAAAAGGAGGUAUGUAACCUGCUAGUUAAUUUAACAAAGAGCUUUGACGUUAAGGUCGAUGACCUUUUCGUUCUGAAUUUGAUAAUUUUUUAGUUUUUAAUUCGAGAUUUCCAGUCAAUAAACGCGUAACUUAAUAAAAACUAUCGCGAAAUUAUUACAAAGAUAUAAUUUGUUUCAUUAAUAAUAGGAUUUUGCUCAAAUAGUCUUUUCUUAUAAAAAUAACUAUUAUAAUUUAUUAGUCAAAUUGUAAAUGAGAUGUUCUCAUUGUGUUCGGAUGUUUGUGAACUGAUUGUGAGGUUAAGCUGAACUGAAUGAUAGAUUGUUAAUAAUUUUCGUGUCAAAAUUUUAUUGUAAACAACGCCAUCUGUUGGCGUUUCCAUUUAAACUAUAUUCGUAUAUAACUUCAGCGAACAAUCUAUUAUAAAAUAUGUACUUGAUCGUUAAAUAUAAUUAAUUUAGCUGUUAAUUACUCUGUUAAUCACUGACUCUUUAUCUCGGCUCGCAUAAUAACUCGUGUGGGAGAAAAAUUAACAAAAUAAAUGUCCCGCAACUUUAGUUAUAACAAAUGACUGAAUAUCUCUUCCACUCAAUACUAAUGGGGACUCGUAGUAUUUAAUGUAGCAACACUCGAUGUUUCCGUAUCGAUUCAUUCCAUUAGUUUCUUAAACGGCCGUCAUAAAAAUUUGAGUUUUCAAUACAAAGAGCCAGUAAUAUUAAUUUAUAUUCCAGAAGUGUACAUUAGCCGGUUACUCGUUAACGCUAGGUUUAGCGCAACUCCGUUUACGUUACUUAUUGUAUCUCGUAUGUAAUAAAUAUUAUUUUUAAUCUG